CACUACUUCAGUCUUCCAUCAACCGACUACUUGCGAGGUUUGAAGUUCGUCGCUCGGCGCAGCUGUUCGUUAUUUUGCUACUAUUCGCCAAAACAUGGCCAGUGUUGACGGUUGCUUUGUUAUGUUUUCAUUUUCACUUUCUGUUCGCGCUUGAUCGCUAUAAAUUGUUGAAUACCGCAAAAAUUACUCACAAAAUACUCAUGCGAAGAAAGAGAAACAAUAUCACAUUAUUAUACUUUCCACCAAAAAAUAACACUGAAACUUUGACCCGUAGAGAAGACAUUGAGCAUAACAACGAUCGGACACUAAUUGAGGUACUCUCCGCUUUGGAAGUGUAUUGGUGCUAUCGAAUAAUAAUUGGGAUGUAAAAUCAAAUGUGGUAUCGAGUAUAUCUAUCAGAAUUACAUCAGCAAGCAUGAAGUAAUAACAGCGUCUGGUGUAUUAGUUGUGCCUAUUAAUCAUAAUAGCGCGAUGCGUCUUACAAAAUAAAAAUAGAUAUAUUGCUUGCCAGCAUAAAUGCCGUUUGUGAUAAGAAGUGUAAAACGUCGAAUACAGCUAUUUUAGAUAGUUUAGCGGCAAAAAAGUGAAUCUAUUAUACGUUACCUGUGGUUGUCUAAAGUGCAGUAGGAAUAGGCGGCAAACUAAACACAAAGAUAAAGCAAAAUGGUUUCGACACGUUUCGAAGUAUCUAGCUCACCGCCUGUGCGAUAUCCCAGAUCAAUAUUUUUCAUAAUCAGCAAUGAAUUCAGCGAGCGUUUCAACUAUUAUGGAAUGCGAACGGUUUUGGCACUCUACCUCACUCAGAAGCUCAACUACGAUGACGAUACAGCCACCGUAAUUUAUCACAUCUUCACCAGUUUAGCGUAUUUUUUCCCAUUGAUGGGCGCCAUCCUGGCCGACAGCUGGUUGGGAAAAUUUAAAACAAUCUUGUACCUGUCGAUUGUCUACUGCAUUGGAAGCACACUGAUAGCCAUGGGAGCAAUACCGCCCUUGAAUUUGCCUGCCACAUCAAUGACCGUGCUGGGACUGCUGUUCAUAGCAGUUGGAUCGGGCGGUAUCAAGCCAUGCGUUUCAGCAUUUGGUGGAGAUCAAUUUAAAAUACCGGAGCAAGCGGUUCAACUAGCUAAAUUUUUUUCGUUAUUCUACUUUGCAAUCAAUGCUGGAUCACUUAUAUCGACGACGCUAACACCAAUACUUCGUGAGGAUGUACAUUGCUUUGAUGACCCUGAUUGCUUUUCUCUAGCAUUUGGAGUACCAGCGAUUCUCAUGAUCCUGUCGAUCAUUGUAUUUGUCUGCGGUAAGACAAUGUACACUAUUAAAAAACCCGCUGGAAAUAUGGUAGUUCUAGUAUUUAAAUGCAUAGGAAAUGCAAUAACUACAAAAAUUAAAGAACGAGAUUCGAACCCAAGGAGCCACUGGUUGGAUUAUGCCGAAGCUAAGUACGGAAAACGAGUAGUUUCAGAUAUCAAAUCGUUGAUGAAAAUUUUGAUUCUAUACAUACCGCUGCCCGUGUUUUGGGCUUUGUUCGAUCAACAAGGAUCUAGAUGGACAUUUCAGGCAACGCGAAUGAACGGUGAAAUCGGAGCAUUCACGAUUAAACCCGAUCAGAUGCAAGUCAUCAACCCUUUGUUGAUCUUGGCGUUUAUUCCCUUUUUUGAAGGCUUAGUAUAUCCUACACUGGAAAAGAUCGGCAUCAAGACACCUCUCCAAAAACUCUCAUUCGGAGGUAUUUUAGCAGGGGCAGCCUUCGUUUUGUCAGGAUUCGUUGAAAUAGCUUUGGACAAAACAAAUGCGGUAUUGCCAGCACCUAAUGAAUCUCAGUUACGAAUUUACAACGGACUGCCAUGCGAUUAUCAAUUCACAAGUGAUAUCCCGUAUUUCAACAACUUCACCGUGCAAUCUCUUGGGGUAUUCGAGGCAGUUCACGUGUCCACUAUGCAGAACACCACAUUCCGAUUUUCAGCCUCUACAACAGAAAACUUUUGCGUAAAAGCAAACAUGUCCACAGUGUCAGGAACAUUUUACUUGAAUCCAGGAAACGCAGUUAGCUAUUUUAUUAAUCAAAAAGCCAACAAAAUCAAUUUUCUAGAGUAUUCGGAUUCUACAGAGAAAGAUAAACGGGGGUUACCAAGACUCCGAAUACUAGCCAAUAUAAAAACAACUAAAAAGGUAUUACUUCAAAAUAUCAGGAUAGCUGACGUACAAUAUUAUAUAUCACUAAAUACCUAUGAUCAGCAAUCAGUUGUCGACGGAGAAUACAAUUUAUUUAGUCACAACGGAAGCAGAAAAAUAGCAACAGUGAAGCUAGAACUUGGAGGAGUUUACACAAUCGUACUUCAUGAAGUUUUGGAGAAUGAAUUUACACUUCAACGACAUAUCGUAACUCCUCCUAACUCACUGCAUAUGCUUUGGCUCUUCCCACAGUAUGUGGUAAUCACGGCGGGGGAAGUGAUGUUCUCGAUCACGGGACUACAAUUUUCCUACUCACAAGCACCAGAAAGUAUGAAAUCCGUCAUUCAGGCUUUCUGGUUGCUAACAGUCGCUAUUGGGAACAUGUUGGUAGUGCUGGUUGCCGAAGCUAAAUUUGUACAGUCACAGUCGAUCGAGUUUUUCUUGUUCGCGGUACUAAUGUUCCUCGAUAUGGCACUUUUCAUGAUUUUGGCAAUGCGUUACAAAUACAGUGAGCAUGAGGUAAAUGACGUCGAGUCUGGCGAUAUUAAGAAACCGAGUAGUAAUAUUUUGGACAAUGCACCAUCCAAAUUUGAUCGAGGUCCGCUGGAGAACGGUUUGGAGAACGUUAAAGCCUCCUAUACAAAUGAAGCAUAUCGAGAAGACUGAGUGAAAUAUUCCUGUGUUUCUUCUAUUAAUGUUUUUAAACAUUUCUUUUCGUUUUGUGGAAAUAAGUCAAAGUAACAACUGUCAGUACACAUUAAGUUACUUUUAAACUUAUUCGGUUAUUUAAAUGAAAAUUA